AUGACUUUUCAAGACGCAGUCAAAACCUGUACCGAUAUGAGCGGAGGCUUGGUAGUUCCUACGUCACUAACAGAGAAUCAGUUUAUCUUUGAGAUGGUCAUCAAUAAAGUCGUAGACCUAUAUAGUAAUGUGUGGGUUGGCUGCACUGAUAAGAAGGAAGAAGGCAAGUGGAUGCAGCCAGGAGAGGGAGGCGAAGAAUGUAGUUUCUUCAACUGGUAUCCAGGAGAGCCCAAUAUAGAGCCUGAAGAUUGUGCUCAGAUGGUUCUUUUUCUCAAUGGCAGUUGGUAUGACGGAGACUGUGACGGGAUGUGCUUUGUAGCUUGUCAGCGCCCUGCCGUCGCACCAACCAACCCGCUCCUGUACUGCCUGCAGGCAGACACCAACGGCCGCUUCGCAUGA